UUGUCCACAAGACCAAGGAGAAACGAAUCAAUUUACCGGAAGACCACACUUUGUUCUCCCAAAAGUAAAACAAUUGACCUUCCAAGUUGCAAUAAUACACCUACCGCAUUGGCCGUCGGCGCUCUGGUCCCCACUGCUAACCUCAAUGGCGAUAGAACCUCCAUUUCUCCUAGACCUCAAAACGCAGAAAAUCGGUUCGAAGGGCAAGGAUAUUCACCAUCCGCCAUUCAGUCCUUAAUCCAAGCGGUGGUACAUCAAACAGGGCCCAAAUCACCUUAUCGUCAUGCCCAGUAUCUUUUUCUUCAGUGAAAUACCUUAUGCUUCCUCAACUCCAUUGGCUGAACUGAAAACAGCUUUUCUUUUGGCCGUGGCUACCUUU